AUGAGCACCAGCUCCAAUGUCGCCGUCAGUAAAAUGGCCGAAGGAGCAGUUACGACCGGCUAUGCUCAGACGUCGGUCGGUAACGUGUCCCCACCUGAAGCGACCAACGGGAGCGUUAGCUCCGAAACCUUGGUGCUUCCACAAGUGGAAGUCGCUGUAUCGUCAUCAGCUUCCGGGGAGGAGCUACACAGUGAUAACGCAUCAUCGUCUUCUCCCACUUGGGGUCUGCUACCACUACACAAUGACUCUUCAGUUUUUCGGCCGACACCAUCAGCCGCGGAGAUACAGUGCUACUUGUCUGACGUGAACCGAAGCGCAGAUGCGAAAGUGGAUACUGUGCUGAGUUGCCUGCCAACAUGGGACGGCCUCUCGUGCUGGCCUCGUACGCCAGCCGCUCACACAGCAUCCAUUCCAUGCUUCGCCACUCUUAAUGGAGUCCACUACGACACAACCCAAAACGCGUCACGCUUGUGCUCGAUCGCGGGCGUCUGGGCCAGCAAAUCGGAUUACUCCCAUUGCGUUCCACUCUUCGAAGUUGAAAGGCCGAUAGACGGAACUACUCUGUACUACAUCGGCUACGGUAUGUCUUUGUGUGCCCUCAGCAUCGCCUUGUGGAUCUUCCUUUACUACAAGGAGCUGCGGUGUCUGCGGAACACUAUACACGUCAACCUCAUGGUCACCUACUUCCUCAUUUCCAUCACGUGGAUGACGACAGCAACUCUGCAGUCGGUUCCUUCACCUGCAUACCAUAAGAGUGCCUGCUUCAUGUACGUGGUGCUCACAUACCUCAUGGGAACUAACUUUUUUUGGAUGUUCGUCGAGGGCCUCUACCUAUUUAUUCUGGUCGUCAAGACGUUCUCCGUGGAGAUGGUUCGUGCUCACGUCUACGCAGCCAUUGGUUGGGGAAUGCCUCUAGUAAUCGUGUCCGUGUGGGCGAUCACCAAGGCAUAUUUGAGCCCCAACCACAAUGAUCCAAACUUGUCUGGAGGGAUGUGCAUAUGGCAGCUCAAGGAUAUCUACGACCUCAUAUUCAUCGGGCCCGUCAUCCUUGUUCUGCUGACAAAUAUAUUCUUCUUGAGCCACAUCAUGUGGGUUCUGAUCACUAAGCUCCGCGCUGCAACAUCGGUGGAAUCACAGCAGUACCGGAAAGCGGCUAAGGCACUGCUCGUGUUGAUCCCUCUGCUGGGCGUAAGCUACAUUCUGGUGAUCUGGACGCCGCAGCACAAGACUGCCAGGGUCAUCUUCACCUAUCUCCAAAUAACGCUGCUUUCCACACAGGGUUUCACAGUCGCCGUGCUGUACUGCUUCCUGAAUGGCGAGGUUCGCAACUCUGUGCGUCAUCACUUGGAGCGGUGGAAAACUAUGCGGGCCCUUCGUCGCGGGAGCGACCGUUGCCGCCAGGCACUGGGCUACGGCCGUGCGCACAAGCCGCUGGCCACGCAACGCGGAAGCUGUGUCAGUUUCACCACCAGCACGACCACCUCGUGCCUGCCGUCGACGGGCAGCCGUUUCCCGUCGCAGCAGAAUAAGCGACCCAGCAACGGCUCGUACGCCCAGCUACCCUUCACCGAUAACCCUGUUUAAUAUGGCACUGAUUGAUUGCUUUUGCCGCCUUGCCGAAACUGCCCAGCUCGGCUAGGCCACUUCGACAAAACAUUGUGGAUGAUGACAGGGCCAGUCAAACAGGGAAAACAAUGCUGCUGUCGCUCAUUUUGUAAAAGAUUCACUACUUAGUGAUCUUGAAUCAUUUCUUACGAUUAGCUUUGUUGUGUUUUCGGGAGUGCUUGGAGGGGAUGGUGACAAAAAAAGUGAAAAUUAGAAGAA